AUGAUCUCUAUGCAACGCUCCCUCUCGUCGCCCGUCGCCAUUCACUCGUCUAUACCUCCCUCCACGACACGCCCUUCGCGAUCUCCGACGCCGUCCCCCGAUGACCAUGUCGAUCUCGCCCUUCCCCGCCGGUUCACAUCGAGAAGUCCCACCCGAACCGCCGAGCCCGCCAUGUCUCACUCUCGGCGCAGUGAGGACCUCCCGAGGCGCUCUUCGACCCAGCUGAUCCCGGGCUCUACCGCAAGCCGAAAACCUGUCAUCGCCCAGGCCACGAUCCCCUCUUCCGACGCGCCAGGCCCCGGUCCACGGGAUUCCUCCGAUAGCCUAGAGACUGUCGCCAGCCCGCCUUCUCGCCCCGUGGGCCAGUCACAGGAUAUUAAUUUUCCUUGUCCCCUCCUCCCGGAUCCCUCGCUGUAUACGAACCACAUCGGUGAUCAGGAACCCGACGGCACAACGCUGGAGGAGCUGGCACACCUGGUCCGCCUGUCCAAGUACCAAGAGCGCAAGCGCGCCAACACCCGGAUACGGUUGCAGCGGAGCCUGAUAUCCACUGCCCUGUCGGCACGACUGGUGCGAUGCGGCGAGUUGGCCCACCGGAAUCUCGUCGACUGUUUCCGUGGGGAUGACAAGAAAAUCUUUGCUUCUCUAUAUAAUGCCGUGAUUGAUGUCCGCAGGAGUUGCGAGGAGACCCGCCGCUAUGCGCUUCUUGAGCCGGAUAUGGAGUUGCUGCACUCUCCCAGUGUUAGCUCGACGGAUGGCAUGGAUACGCCGACAGCAUCUAUUGCCGGAGGCGGUGCUGCCGUUGGAUCUAUCACGCCCUUCCUUAAUGAUAUUUCCGCCUCGGCCCGGGAGACCUUCUUGAACCUCCUCACGCAAAUUAGGACUAAUCCCGACUAUCUAGCUACCCGCAUUGCGUCCCUGGAUCUCCCCGAGCUGACCGCCCUCACCAGCUUCCACCAAGGCCUCGAGGCUAUCGAGUCGGUGCUUCCAUACCACAACCGUCCGUCCGCACGGGGGACCGGGCCGUCUGCCAACCGCAACCUGGUGCAGGAACGUAGCGCCAUUGAGCGGCUCCUUUCGUUCCAGAGACAUGAUCCGCUAUCGGCCCUCAUCCAUACUUGCUUUGCUAACUCUGCGGGCCCUGACAGCGCAGAGGACAAGAGGAGAAGCAAUAUUUGGGCCACUACGUGCGCAAAGCUGAUCUCGGAGCAGAAGCCAGGCAUCGAGAACAUCCUCAUCGCGGUCAUUGACGCCUGGGUGGCCAUGCGUGACUGGUCCGGGAAGUCCAAUAUGGAAUGGUACCUGAUGAAGAUCCUGGAAGACGGCGCGUUUCUCCUUGACCGUGCAGAGGACCAACAUGGUACGCGCUUCAACCUAUCCGACUGGACAUCCAAGGACCAGAUCGCGGCCGAGGAGUUCUAUGAACGUGCCACGGAUGAGCUGUUCGACGUCAUCGACGACGAGGACGCCACAGGAAUCCCGGAGGGCCUGAUCGAGCUUGGGAACGAGAUACUUAAGAAACUGGAUAGCAAAUACGUGGAUAGCACCCGCAAGUGGUUCGUCUACAAAUGGCUGUUUUCCGUCUGGCUCCUCGGAGUGGUUAUCCAUCCCGAGAGCUACGGAAUGAUGGCCGACUACCACAUCACCGAGUACGGACGACAGAAAAUCCUAAAGCAGGUCGCUCUGCGUGCCCAGCGAGAUGUGGUCGAGAUGCUGUGGACCAAAUCCCCCGUCUCCACGCCACCAAAGGUGAAGGCUCAUGUUGACAGCAUAAUCGGUCGUUUCAAGCACUCCAACUCCCGGAAGUCCAAGCCGAGGCUCCUCCCGGCGAGGUCGAUCACGUCUCUGCGCGAGACGGUCGAGGUCCAUCCGUACCUGGUCAUCAGCCCUGCUGACCUGGCCACCCUUGUCAACGCCCUGUUUCCUGAAAAGAGGCCUCAGUCUGCACAAUCCAGCAGCUUGCGCUCGGGAGCACCGUCCAUCUCCGCUUUCUCCAUCGUUUCUCAGCCCAUGUCACGGGCCUUUGACACGGCUUCGGUUCUCAGUACCAGUGCCGGGUCGAUGGUCAGCGAGGCUACCACUUCCAGGGAGCCACUCAUUGAUGAGCCACGGCAUGGAAGCCCGCAUCGCUACUCACCGCCUAUUCUAGACCAGGGAAGCCAGAACCGCCCGAGCAGCUACGAAGAUGACGGGUAUCGUCUUCGGCUUGCGAUGCACGAGAUGACCCAGAUCCUUGGUCAGGAUGUCGUCUAUGGUUCGUGCCACCCCUGUGCCGAGCGUUGGGCCGUUUUGUUUAUCUCUUCCGACGGAAAUACCUUGUCGACCCACAUGACAUAUGAUCCGGACGAGGAUGUGGAAGAGGAGGAGAACUCGUCGACCAGCGAUACCGAGGACGAGGAUACCGAGGAUGACAGGCCAGAACUGGACAAGAGCUACCAUCAGCUCCGGGACUCAAUCCUGAAACUAGUCGAGGACUUCGAGAUCCCCCAGACCCCGGGUGACGGUGACACAAAGACCAAGACAUUCAGUAAUCGAGCCUCGAGUCUCAAAAAGUACAGGUCCAAAAACAGGAUUAUUACCGCUGGGAGAACCAUGGGCAGCAGAAACCCGUACCGUAAACGGCUGGAGAGUAUCGCAAGCAGCCAAGCGGGGAGCCCUCCUAGGAGUAGCAAAGGGAAGGAAGGGCUUGGGGAUGAAGAGAAGCUGGAAUCGUCCCCUGUCCUCGUUGAUAUGCUGAAAGCGGCGUCUUCCCAAUCGCGGGCCCAGUCCGACUUCGUCGCCGCCCACCUAUACUGGAGGACCCUCCAACAGUUGAACAUGCUGUCAUCCGACUCCUUACGCCGCAAUGGAUUUGCGACGCUCUUGAACAUUUUCUCCCGUGGUCCGAGGGACUCACUCCGGCGGUCAGCCUCCGCGAUCGAGGAGUACGACGCUUGGCUCAUAUGGCUCAAGCAAAGCCAGGAGCGGGCAGAAGGCUUGAUCGACACCAUGAUGCGGCGGUUCCGUGCCCUGCGCGAUAAGAUGUGGUACGUCACCGACGUUCGCAACUCUGCGCCGUACGAGCAUAGCCGGAAUAUCGCCGUCGCGCUGAAGACCAUGGGAAUGCCUCGGAAGUGGGACUCAUUCCAACGAACGCGGAACCACACGCACCGCGGCCCCACGGCCAACUAUCUGUUCCGCACCGAGUCGCAGAUCAUGGAUCUCCUCGCCGCGUCGGAGGACCAGGGUGGACCAAAUAAGCUCUCUGACGACCAGGCCGAGAAGACGUCGCGGUGGCUCCUUCAGUACAGCGUCGAGAACUUUUGCCGUGGGGAAGAAAGGAUACAUCGGUUCUGCUGCGAGGUCGAUAACUGCAUCAACAAGCUGGUCGGCGACAGCAUCGUCGAUACGCCGGUCCUGUGGUCGAGCGAGCUGUAUCUCAGAGACAGGCGAGCCAUGGAAGGCGGGCGAGGCGGGCGUGAUAGAGAAAGCCAUGGCUGGGACGAUGCAGCCAGCAGUGUCAUCAGCGACCCCGAACGCCGCUUCGGAUCCGUGGGCAGACCGCCCAUCACCAUACCCAGGGAUAUGAGGAACAUGUCGGCGCACAAUGUCAGCCAGCUUUCGUUCGACUCGGGGCGAUUCAGCUUCUCAAGGGCCAGCACUGUGUUAUCCGACAUCACAGAUAGCCAGGACUACUUUGGCGUCUCAUCUCCGGUCCAUACCAUCGACUCGUCGACGACAUUCUGGUCGCCCUUCCAGGCCGCGAUAGCCCCGAGCUCGGCGGCUUCCAGGGCGCAGUCACCGACCACGAGUGUCACAAAUCUCUCUGCCGUCUUCUCGCAGCCAAACCAUCAACACCUUCCCUCUCAGUCCCAUCAUUCCGCCGGCCGGCCCGGGACAUCGGCGUCGUCCAACGAAACUGUCUAUCAGCAACGCAUCUCGGAAGAAAAGGCGCGCUUCCUCACCGAGCUUCGACAAACUCUCACAAGUCUGCUACUAUCAGAUCUUGGUAAUCUGGUCUUUGCUCGGGGGUCGGAGACAGACGGCUGGUUCGAAGGUCUCGGUCAGGAAUGUAUCGAUCGCCGAGAGGCGCUCAGGCGGCGGGCACCGAAGCCGGCGCGGAAGUCAUCCAAGGCGCCCCUGAAACAACGGGCCAUGGAGAAAAGGAGGAGCCUCGGGAAACUGCGUGGGGCUGCUAGCGCCGAGACCUCCAGCGAUAAGGCCGGCUCUGAUAUCCAGAGCCCGUGCCUGGCUCCCGAGUCGGCCGGCAGCCAUGGCAAUGACAGCUCUGCCACGAGCGACACCGUCUCUGCGCGUACAAACUCCCAGAAGCCGCACAAGGACACGAUGCCCGAGUUUCCGUUUACAAAGGCCUACCAACGACUCCUGCGCAUGUUCUGUGUUCAUCCGAACCCUUACACGAAGCUGAAUGCGUUAUUCGAAUUGGAGAAUCUCAUUGUCGCAUCCCUGACAUCGGGCUCACGGAAGUCGAGGUUGGCGUGGGCUCGAUUGGAGGUCGGCUCUCCAUCCUCGGCGUCGGAUGAUCACACCGUCAAUUCCAGCACGGGCCGUGCGAAGCCCCUCGAAGAAGCCAUUGAUAACGUUAAAGAGAGGCGCUCGCACACGCUACAACAGCACCCGGUCUUCUCCGCUCCGGGCCACGCGGGACGUCUCAGCGGUGGUGCCGGCAACUUCGACACACGCUCAGUCGGCACGACGAACCCCGCCAACACGGACGCGAUUGCGAAUAUCCUGCAGUCCCUAUUUCGUGACCCGUCAUUGCGUCCCAAAACGCUCUUCCGCGACCUGCAGUUCAUCUCGGCCUUUGUGCCCGCCUCUAUCCUGGACAAGACGGAGCGUGGUAAGGCUUUCUGGGACGCCGGCCUCGCGGCUCUGAAUCUCAAGCACGAUGUUUGCAAAACCAUGGUCGAGGUCGCAGACGAGGUCGUCAAGGUGUACACGCAGACGCGAAGCGGUGGCUUGGAUCCGUCUCCCAGCCCGAACAACAACAGGCCCGGCAGCACGGCUUCGUCGUCGACGGCCGCUGAGGGGCCUAGAAUCAGCCACAGCUCACCCGGACAAGGGGAUGCUGCUUCAAACCCCCCAACUCCUCCUCCUUUGCCGCUCAUGACGUACUCGCUGGCCGACGCAGCCCGGAUGGUGACCAUAACGGCCAAAGAGGGGGAUCCCACGGCCCAACGCGAACUGGCUAUUUUCUACCUCGGUAACUCGGAACUCGUCGAGAGGACCACGCUUCCGCUAAGCAAGCCCCGCGAGGUCUUCAAGCAGGCCGUGAUGGAGAAGUACGGCGGGGCGUCUCGGUCCGGCCUUGGCUCUUCGGGGAACAACAGGUACCAUUCUGGCGCGGCCAGCGGACGCGGGCUCGGUCAGGGCCAGGCCGGCGGCGGCAUCGGGCUGGGAAUGGGCGGCGGCGUGGGCGGUGCUGGGACGGGGCCCGGCAGCGACGGGCCCGGGGUCGGCGACGUCAGGAGCGAUCCGGCCCUCAUGUGCCUCGCCAUCCAUUGGAUGAAGGCCGCCGAGCACGGCGGCGAUGAUCUGGCCAGGACGUUCUUGGGCCAGAACGAGAUCGUCGGGCUGUGA